CAAAUUAAAAAUGUGAAACCGGUACUUUACAGGUUCUUACAGUGUAAAAGUGAUCCCGUUUGGUUUCCAGAUAAAGAUGACAGAUUUUACUCCUGAUAACUACACCAUAUAUGUUGCUGAGAAGGAAAGACCAGCUGAAAGAAAAGCCACUGUUUUCUUCUACAAUGAAACUUCAACUCAUGAUAUCAGCCAUCUGAAGCCGUGCACUGAAUAUGAGCUAAAUGUCACACUUAAUGUCUCCAAUGUUACAAAAAUAUUCUGUAACACAACUGAAAAUAAAACAGUUACCACAAUAUCAACAAAAACAACAACUGGAAUGACUGGAAGAGACAUUAAAAGCAUCUCCUGCCCUUCUGGAUAUUUCUGUUACCAAAGUGGUUGGAACAUCAGCUCUUUACUAUCAGGAAACAACAAGGUUUCAGAUGUGCAGUUCAUCAAUGGAUCGUAUCGUAUCAAACCUGCUUAUGAGAGCAUUUGCUCAGAAUUAGUUUUGGAGUUCCCACAAGAAAAAUGCACGAACAUCACCUUUACCAUAACUGAAAAUGUUCCUUUUGACUUCAUUGAUGUAAACGACGUAAUUCAGCCUAAACCCACUGAACUUCCUGCCAAGAUAGAACCAGAAUUACCUCCAAACUGUCAGAAUCUCAGUGUUGAGUAUAAAUGUUCAGGAAUCAACAAUGACUCUGUUGAACCGUCUGACAUGAAGCCGUUCACAGACUACAGCUGUACUGGUGACAUCAAGAACAACCAUGGCUCCAUAAUUCAGACUCUUCCUCCUGUCCAGUUCAACGUUAGCUGUGAUUUUUCAAUAAACUUCCUGCUGAAAAGUCCAACCAGUAAUUCCAUUAAGCUGAACUGGGAACCAACGAGUCGUAAAUGUCAUGGUAUUCUUGACAAACUGACGGAGCUCUCUUAUAGCUGCAGCUGUCGGCAAGGCUGGAAACGUAAGUGA